AUUUCAAAAGAGGCCGAACCGAAAACAACAGAAGGAGGAAGUCACCUUUGGAAGUUCAGUGAAGCACGCCGGCUGUACACCUGCCAUUAAAGCGGAGGAGACCGUCCGCUCCUGCACGUCUGGGAACAUGGCCAGAGCUGCUGGAGAGGACAGCGUGAAGCCACAGCUGAACCAAAACGGACUGAAAAACGGAGACGUCGCGAAAAACGGCUUCCACAACAGGAAAGAGAAAAAUGGCCCCGGGACUGCUGAUGCCUCCAGGCAGCACAGGCAUGACUCCUUUGAACAGGCUCCCAUGUAUGUGGCUGUGAUGACGUACCUGGGCUUCGGCAUUGUCACCCUGUUUGGCUACCUCAGAGACUUCCUCCGAGCUGUGGGCUUAGAGAAGUGCCACGUUGCCCAAGAGAGGGGAGCACAAAGGGAUUUUGUACCACUUUAUCAGGAUUUUGAAAACUUUUACACUCGAAACCUGUACAUGAGGGUACGGGACAACUGGAACCGGCCCAUAUGCAGCCUGCCAGGACCCGUCUUUGACCUGAUGGAGAGGGUUUCUGAUGACUACAACUGGACAUUCAGGUUUACCGGGAGGACAAUACCCAAUGUCAUCAACAUGGGCUCCUACAACUACCUUGGUUUCGCUGAGAACAAUGCUGAUUUCCUGAAAACAGUGGCUGAUAAAAUGAACCAGUACGGAGCGGGGGUUUGCAGCACAAGACAGGAAAUCGGUAACCUCAAAAUCCAUGAAGAGCUGGAGCAGCUUGUUGCCAGUUUCCUAGGAGUGGAGUCUUCCAUGACUUUCGGGAUGGGUUUCGCCACCAACUCAAUGAACAUUCCGGCGCUUGUGGGCAAGGGUUGUUUGAUACUAAGCGACGAGCUCAAUCACACAUCCCUCAUCUUGGGCGCCAGACUGUCGGGAGCAACUAUCCGUGUGUUCAAACACAACAACAUGCAGAGUCUGGAGAAGAUGCUAAAAGAGGCAGUUUGCACUGGGCAGCCUCGGACCCACAGGCCCUGGAAGAAGAUCCUCAUCAUGGUGGAGGGCAUCUACAGCAUGGAGGGCUCAGUGGUGCGACUGCCCGACAUCAUCGCUCUGAAGAAGAAGUAUAAAGCGUACCUGUACCUGGAUGAGGCCCACAGCAUCGGAGCGGUGGGGGCGACGGGGAGGGGCGUGACCGAGCUGUUCAACGUGAAGCCAACGGAUGUGGACGUGAUGAUGGGGACCUUCACGAAAAGCUUUGGCGCUUCUGGAGGCUACAUUGCGGGGAAAAAGGACCUGGUCGACUACAUCCGUAGCCAGUCUCACAGCGCGGUGUACUCCUCGUCCAUGUCCCCCCCCGUCACCGAGCAGGUCAUCCGCGCCAUGAAGUGCAUCAUGGGAAAAGACGGCACCACAGAAGGCAUCGGACGCAUCCGUCAACUGGCAGAGAACACCAGAUACUUCAGGGCCAGGCUGAAGGAGAUGGGCUUCAUCAUCUACGGCAACGACGACUCACCUGUGGUCCCGGUCCUGCUCUACAUGCCAGGCAAAGUGGUGGCUUUCGCUCGAGAAAUGCUGGCGAGGAAAAUUGGCGUGGUGGUCGUCGGCUUCCCAGCCACGCCGAUCACAGAGGCCCGGGCUCGCUUCUGUGUUUCCGCGUCUCACACCAGAGAGAUGCUGAACCAGGUGCUGCACCAUAUGAACGAGGUGGGAGACCUCCUCUGCCUCAAGUUCUCACGGCGGAAAUAUUCCUCGCGGCCUGACCUCUGCGAUGACACAGACUUUGAGCUGGACAGCUGAUAUGACCCUUGACACCUUAACUUCACAGUGUCAAAACUAAGUGUCCACGCCACGGCAGACUCAUAAACACACAAACGCAGGGUAACACCCGCAUCUCACGGCACAACGGGAGGGCAAAUGUGUGGCAGCUGCUUUUUACACGUUUGUAUAUGAUUCAGCACAAUCCUAAUCUGUGCUGCUUUAAAAGAGAAACUACACGGACUGUGGAAAUAUUCUUAUAUACACUUAUACAGUAUAAACUGUAUGAGGAAUUGUUGCACAACACAGGGACAAAUUAUAUAUCAUUAGUUUAGUCACAUUUGGAGAAAAUUUUCUAUGUUAUUCUAAUUACUUAUGUCUGUAUUUAGACGCUCAACCCUGUUUUAUGGAAGUUUUUUUGCUUUUCAUAAAAUAAUAUUUUGUAAUUUGUUAAAAAUGCUGAUGGUGGAACACAGAAUUUUAUUUAAGAGUAACCAUUAUUUUGGAAAUCUGCUCUGAAAUAUGUUUUUUUUCUCUGCAUUCAGACACGUUCUGUUGUCAACAUUGCUGAAUUCUUAGUUAUGAAUAUAAAGUUAUGACUUUAAGCUACAAAUUCUGAAGAAAGAAUAUAUUAUUAUUGUUUUGAAUUCAGUUGCUUUAUAUAUAUAUAUAUAUAUAUAAAGAUAAAGAAAUAAAGAAAUAUAAAGACAAUAGUCAGGAGAAAGGAAAUCCUUUUAGGCCAGAAUCAUUAUUUUCUUAACGAGAAAUCAGUUUUCCUCAAAAUGUAAAAGAUUUGCCCGCAGACCUGACUCCAAACUCGACACACGUACGCUCACAGUUCUGACUUGACAUUCAGAGUUCUGAGGAAAAGAGAUGAGUAAUUGAGAGUCAUAAUGCAGACUCUUGUCCUAAUCCAGUUUUUUAUUUUUUUUUUCAGUGGCCCUAAUCCUCUUCCCUCCUUUGUGUGUUUAAGUGUUUAACUUCCUGACACAUGAUUAUUUGCACAAGUCAACAGAUCAAGCAAAAAGAUACCCGGACUUUUGCGGUUCACACUGAACUGCUUCCAUGAAAACGUUCUCAGCGUAACACCACUUUCAUCUCGGCAAAUCACGGCCUUCCCGACAAUAAUAGAUCAUGUGGCAAUUACUUCUCUGACAUGCAGUUAAAUAUCAACAACCCGCAUGCGGAAUAGAAAAGGUGUUAUGGCUUGUUUUGCGGCGAGACUGCUCAUAUUCGCCCGGUCUUAACAGCUUAAUUGUUGAUGUUUUAAAGACCCGCUGUUCUCUUUCACACACAAACUGCGUAACAGUUGUGAAGGUAAGCAUGCAGAGUAUGCAGCACCUGAGCCAACAGAAACCUUACCUAGCAAUUAGCGCUGAACUCCAAAUUCUCGUGGUAUGGGGUAAUCAUUUGAUUAACACAGGAAGGAUUAUAGAAGGAUGAUAAAUGUGUUUUCACAAUGUGCCAGAUCGGGUCUAGUCGGCACUUGUUUUUCCUCGGGACGUUGCCAUGUUUGUGUUUUCCUCCCCAUAAACAACGCGGCGGCGGCGGCGCUCGACAAGAUCAGAACACUGUUCGUGGGAAAGCACGGCGCACUAGAUGCACUCAGAUAUAGCUUGAAAAAAAAAAUGUCAAGAAAAAAGAAAAUAACUCAUUUUCCCCCUAAAGGAGAAAACUCUCCGUCUGCUCUCUACACUCGAUCACUUUGUUCUGUAAGCGAAUAUAUUUCACAUCUGGCUCCUAUAGCCAGAAACAAUAGAAAACAGUUUCUUUAAUCCUCAAAUCUGUGAUGUCAUACCAAAGACGUGGAGGAGGUUUGGGUAUGUGGGAAGGUGGCCUCAAACGCUGCGUCGGGGUGCGCUAACGUCCUCCGGAUGUCUGUUAUUAAUUUUUGUUUACUUUCACCUUUAGUCUGAAUGUGGACGCUGUUAAAUUCGUUGCAGCAGGAGACAGAUGUGCGCAUGGGGGGAAAGUGGAAGGCUUGAAUUCGCUCUCAGACGCUCCGAAACGCUGUGCGUCACAGGCACGGGGUGUUCAAAUACUAAGCUCCGCCGCGAUUAUUCGGAGAGGCAAACUCCAACUUGCUGAGACAUAGCGGCAACAUUUUUGCACAGUUACACUGUGGGGGGAAAAGUGUUCAAGCAACUUCAUAUUUAACCAUGAAUUUGGGAUGUGGCUCUUUCUGUUUUUUUUUU